UCUUUAAGUCAAAAAAAUACAAAAUCUUAAAAUCAUAAAUAAAUAAUUUUCUGAAAAUUUCCAUUUUUUGUUCGUUUGAUGAAAAUGGUUGAUCUAGAUUGGAAAGCAAAGAUGGUUUCUUCAGAUAUUAGCAACAAAUCCUCGAAAUUGUCCAUUCCGGCGCCGUUUCGGUUGUUGAAUAUGUCGUCUCCGCUUUCGACUUCGGCUUCGGCUUCAUCGGCUUAUGAGUACUAUCUUCGUUUACCGGAGCUGAGGAUGUUAUGGGAGGCAAAGGAGUUUCCGGAUUGGCAAAACGAGGUCGUUUUGAAACCGGCUUUGCAUGCUUUGGAGACUACCUUCCGGUUCAUUUCGAUCGUUUUAUCGGAUCCUAGACCGUAUUCGAAUCGCCGGGAGUGGACGCGUCGACUGGAGUCGCUUGCCACAAGUCAGAUCGAACUCAUCGCUAUGAUAUGUGAAGAUGAAAACGAAGACAAAACGACGGCGGGAACGGCUCCGAUCGUUGAUUUGACGUCGUCGAACGGUGUGCUUGCUCGUGAGUGUAGCUCCACCGAGGUUUGGAAGGUCCAUGGAGAAACCACGGUGGUGAACCGGACCAGCGAAUCCAGCUUGCUACCGCGGCUCGCCACGUGGCAGAAAUCCGAGGAUGUGGCGGAGAAAAUCCUUUACUCCAUUGAGUGUGAGAUGAGGCGGUGUCCGUACACUCUCGGAUUAGGAGAACCGAACUUAUCCGGUAAGCCCAACUUGGAUUACGACGCCGUUUGCAAGCCGAACGAACUCCACGCGGUGAAGAAGAGUCCGUACGAUCACGUCGACAACCACGAGAACGCGACGCUUUACACCGUACACCAGAUCCUCGAAGCGUGGAUCCAAACGGCGAAACAAGUGUUGAAACGCAUCGUUUCGAGAAUCGACGCCGGUAACUUCGAAACCGCCGCGAACGACGGUUACUUGACAGAAAAGAUCUGGAAGCUUCUAUCGGAAAUCGAAGAUCUCCACUUGUUAAUGGACCCUGACGAUUUCCUUCGUCUCAAAAGCCAAUUAAUGAUAAAAUCGGUUAACGAAACGGAAGCGUUUUGUUUCAGAUCGAAAGGGUUAGUUGAAAUUACCAAAAUGUCCAAGGAGUUGAAGCAUAAGGUUCCGUUUAUUUUGGGCGUGGAAGUGGACCCUAAAGGUGGACCCAGGAUACAAGAAGCCGCGAUGAAACUGUACGCAGAGAAGGAGGAGGGUAAUAAGGUGUUUUUGGUACAAGCCUUGCAAGCCAUCGAAGGAGCCUUGAAACGGUUCUUUUAUGGGUACAAGCAAGUGCUGGUGGUGGUUAUGGGGAGCUUGGAAGCUAAAGGGAACCGAGUCGUGACGAGUUCUGACUCGGGUGACUCGUUGAGUCAGAUAUUCUUGGAGCCUACUUAUUUCCCUAGUUUGGAUGCGGCCAAGACGUUUUUGGGCGAGUUUUGGAGUCGUGGACAGGGUGCAUCUGGGUUGACUCGGUGGAUGAAGAAGUGAGUUGCCUCGGCAUUCUCAUUUUGAUUUUGGAAGGUUUAAAAUUUUAAUUUGGUUUAAGAGAUAAAACAAAAAUUAAAAAAAAAUUAAUUAUUCUUUGUAGUGUUGAUGUUUGGGAGUCAAUUAUUGUGUAUAUCAUACAAAUUUUGUACAAUUAAAAUGGAAAAUUCAGCUUAAAUUACUAGAAAAA